AUGCAGCUAAAAUUUAUGAAAACUAUUGUAGAGGCACAGGAUCAUCUAUAUCGAAUAGCUGGUCUAUGCUGGUCGCCAAAUAAUCAGAAGUUGGCGGUGGCUACCGCCGAUCGUACGAUAUUACUGUUUGACGAACACGGGGAACGGCGGGACAAGUUUUCCACGAAACCUGGAGAUGUUAAUGCCGGAAAAAGUUCGUAUGUUAUUCGCGGAAUUGCUUUUAGUCCCGAUUCUAGCCGUCUAGCGGUGGCACAGAGCGACAAUAUUGUAUACGUCUACAAGCUCGGUGAAACCUGGAAUGAGAAGAAAGUGAUCUGUAAUAAAUUUCCCCAGGGGGGUGCUGUGACAUGUAUCUCGUGGCUUGCCGGUGGAAUGAUCAUCGCUGGAUUGGAGGAUGGAAAGGUGCGUUCGUUGCAUUGUAAAAAUAAUAAGUCAAAGACACUGUAUGGAGCAGAAAGUUUAGUUGUGUCAUUAGCGGCAAAUGCUAGAGGAACUGGAUUUUUAUCCGGUCAUGACGAUGGAUCGGUCAUAAAGUUUUACAUAAUUGAGGAACCUGGAGAGCCUUCUGGAAGGAUUCUCCAACAUCCAGUUGCUCCAGUGUCAUUGGCUUGGCCACAGAGCGGAAUAUUUGUAGCGGGAUGCGAUAGGAAGAUUUGCUUUUAUGAUACUUCAGGGCGAUUAACUAGAAACUUCGAUUAUACUAGAGAUGAUUUGGAGCGAGAAUUUUCGAUUGCUGCGUCUAGUCCGAAUGGUCAAGCAGUAGCGGUUGGUAGUUUCGAUCGAAUUCGUGUUUUUACAUGGAGUCCACGACAAAACACUUGGACCGAAUCGUUAUGCAAGAGUAUUCCCAAUUUGUACACAGUAACUGCCAUCGCUUGGAGAAAAGAUGGAUCCCGACUAACCGUAGGAUCACUGUGCGGGGCCGUUUUAGUGUAUGAAUCCGUACUUCGUAGAACUAUCUGGCAAGACAAAUUUGAGCUGACCUUUGUUGCCCCAAGUCAAGUUUUGUUAAAAUCCCUUCAUGACCCGUCUUUCACCAUGAUUGUAGAAUCUCAGCUGGGACUUGAGAUCGACGACGUUCGUAUCAUGGGUAAAGAUAAUUUCCUAGUUGCACGAACUGAGGACUCGCUUAUUCUUUGUGACUUAAUACGAGGACUAACAAGUGAAAUUUCUUGGAUCGCAACUGGUCGCCACGAGAGAUUCUAUUUCGAGAACCCGACUGUUGCGUUGAUAUUUAAUGCCGGCGAACUUUCCCUUGUGGAGUACGGAGAGAACUACAUCCUGGGUUCGGUAAGAACCGAGUUUGUUAAUCCACAUGUCAUUUCAGUUCGGCUGAAUGAACGUGGCAAUGCAAAAAAUAACAAAAAACUUGCCUAUUUGUUAGAUAUGAAAACGGUUUGUGUCGUAGAUUUGAUCCUACAAUCGACAAUAACGCAGAUUACGCACGACUCCAAAAUUGAUUGGCUGGAGCUGAGUGAAACGGGUCAUAAGCUACUGUUUAGAGACAAAAAAAUGCGUUUGCUUUUGGUCGACAUCGGAACAGGGAAGAAACAAACCCUUUUGGCUAAGGUGGCUUUUGUUCAGUGGGUUCCGUCAAGUGAUGUUGCGAUAGCUCAGAGUGAUUCUAAUCUAGCGAUGUGGUACAACAUUGAUCUUCCGGAACAUGUGACAAUUAUGCCUGUGCGCGGCGAUGUAUUCGAUGUGAUUCGAGAGGAUGGAAGGACGGAGGUUCAUACUCGAGAGGGAGCAUCCGAACAUGUUUAUAAUCUGGACGAAGGCUUGGUAGAAUUUGGGACAGCUGUAAAUGAUAGCGAUUUCGGGAGGGCAAUUUUCUAUUUAGAAUCGUUGGGUGAUAAACCGGCUUCGAAAGCAAUGUGGCACAAUUUGGCGAAUAUUGCGCUGGCACAGCAGAACCUACGCGUGGCACAAAGGUGUUUCGCUGCGUUGGAGAAUGCUUCGAAGACGUUUUACAUUGGAGAGAUGAUCAAAAUCGCUGAGAAAUAUGAAGAAGCUUCUGGUAAUCCAGGAAUGAGCUGUCCCGAAGUGAGAGCCCGCAUGGCCCUUUUGGGAGGCGAUUUGAGAUCAGCUGAGCGAAUUUAUAUCGAACAGGGAGAUAUUGAAGCUGCUCUAGAUAUGUAUAAAAAUCUUCGCCGUUGGGAGGAUGCGAUCAAACUAGCAGAGCAUCGAGGUUAUCAGGGACUGGGCAAUUUGAAAGAGCAACAAAUGGAGUUUCUGUUGAAUACAAACCAAGAAGAAAAGGCCGGUGAAGUACUGGAAGAACGCGGAGAGAAAGAUAAAGCAAUGACAUUGUACAUGAAAGCAAAUAAACCGGUGAAAGCUGCCAAACUAGCUUUAAAGACUCCACAUCUUCUAUCGAAUGAGAGUAUAGUAACUCGAGUUUCUGCAGCUUUAGUAAAGGCUGAGCUUUUUGAGUUAGCAGCGGAGCUAGCUCAUCGAACCGGUCAACAGGAAAACGCCAUCGAUUGGUAUAGGAAGGGAGGAGCUUAUGCACGUGCUAUAGAUUUGGCUCGCUUUGUUUCGCCUGACGAAGUGAUUAAGCUGGAAGAAGAAUGGGGCGAUUGGCUGGUUUCAAAACGACAAUUAGAUGCGUCUAUUAGCCAUUAUAUUGAGGCAGGAUGUACGGUCAAAGCACUGGAAGCAGCAGUUGGAUCGAAGCAAUGGCGUAAAGCAGUUCAAAUAGCGAAAGUUGUGGACGAUGCCGAAGAAAUUCAAAAAUAUGCUGUAGAACUAGCUGAACACUUGUGUUUAAUCGGUGAUGUCAGUACUGCAGAGGAGUUAUUGAUUAGAGCUGAGAUGUACAAGGAAGCUAUUAAUCUUUUGAAUAAGCACGGUCAAUGGGAGAAAGCAUUUGAUAUAGCCGAAAAGUUCUUGAAUACCGACGAUGUUCGCGAUAUGUUUAUCGAAAUGGCGAAAGGAUUAGAACACGAUGGUAAGUACCGGGAUGCAGAAAAGGUUCUUCUAACCAUUAAUGAACCAGAUAUUGCCAUCAAUAUGUACAAGGAACUAGAAAUGUACGACUCGAUGAUUCGACUGGUAGAGAGAUACCACAAAAAUCUAUUGCAACAAACUCACAUAUCUCUUGCACGUCAGUUGGAAGGUAAAAAUCGUUUCAAGAAUGCUGAAGUUCAUUUCCUAGCUGCAGGGGAUUGGAAAGCGGCUGUUCAUAUGUACUGUGGUGCCAAUAAAUGGGAAGAGGCUCAUCGCGUGGCAAAGCAAAAAGGAGGUGAAGGUGCUUCCGAUCAGGUCGCUUACAUGUGGGCCAAGUCUCUUCCGAUCGAGGCAGCUGCCAGAUUACUACUGAAGAUGAAUCUUAUUGAUAACUCAAUUCUGUACGCAUGCGAAGCUGGACAGUUUGAUUUUGCUCUAGAAUUAUGCAACGCAAGUGGUAAGUCAGCGGAUGAUGUGCACUUGAAAAUUGCUAUGGCUUUAGAAGACGAUGGAAAAUUUACAGAAGCAGAAGCUGAGUUCUUGUUGGCAAACAAACCUAAAGAAGCUAUUAUGAUGCAUACACACAGCGGAGAUUGGAAGGCUGCCAUUCGUGUUGCAGAAAAAUAUCUUCCCGAAGCUGUCAAAGAAGUUCUUCUUAGUCAGGCUGCUUCAGCACUGGAAGCUCGAAAUUAUCCAGAAUACGAGGCCUUGAUGGUCCGAGCUGAAAGGCCUGAUUUGAUCCUGGAAUACUACAAGGAGUAUAACAUGCUUAGUGAUGCGCUUCGUAUUGCUAAAGAGUAUGUUCCUUCUGCAAUCGCAGAAAUUCAAAAGCUGUAUGCACGGAAUAAUCGCGGCAGUGGAGUGAACGACUCCCGCUAUCUGCUGCAGAAAGCUUCGGAAUAUGCUAGAGCUGAAGAGUUUAAAAAGGCUAUCGAAUGUUUGCUACAAAUCAGUGAUGCUAAUGCUGACGAAUCCACCGUUGGCCGAGCUUUGUUAAGAGCCGCUGAAAUCUGUAAUCAAUUUUUAGAAGGCCCCGAUGCAGUUGAGAUAGCUCGAGAACUCGGUCCACGUCUGAUGGAAAUCAAUCAAAUUGGCCCAGCUGCUCAGUUAUAUUUAGCUGCUGAAUUACCACGAGAAGCAGUUGAUGUGUUCAUCAAAACCGACAACUGGAAUAAGGCUCGUCGACUAGCGAAAGAAAUUGAUCCACAGUUAGUUAGUUAUGUGGAAUCACAGCAAAAGUCCCGCCUAAGAAAUCAAGGAAACGUUGAACAGUUGGCAGAUAUUGACAUAAUGGGCGCUUUAGAUUUACUUGCAGAGCAAGGUCAAUGGACGCGAUGCAUCGAAAAGGCCAAACAGCAUGGAGUUCCCGUGCUUCAGAAAUAUCUCGCCCAAUAUGCUGCUCAAUUGAUUCGGGACGGAGAUUGUACCGCUGCAUUGAACCUAUAUUUAGAGCAUGGUGUACCGCCAGUUGCUCAAAAUUUUAACAUCUACAAUCGUAUAGCAUUGGAAUGCUUUGCUUUGCGUGAGCCAGACGGUAUUCAAGUUUGGAAAAAUUUGCGUAAUUUUCUGCUGAAUCUAGUACAGGCUUUGCGAGGCACAGAUCAAACAGAAGCUGACGUGAUUGACCGUUUCGAGCAGUUACUGAUGAUAGCUCACUACUACUGCACCAGAGCAGCUUGUCGUCAAGCACCUGCUUUGCAGUCAAUUGCCGUCAAAAUUUCUGUUUCCAUAUUGCGUCACACUGACAUUAUUCCCUGCGAUAAGGGAUACUACGAGGCUGGCAUGGAUCUGCGCGGCAUGGGACGAGAAUCGGAAGCUUUUGUAAUUUUGAAUCAUUAUUUGGACGUUUGUGAAGCGAUCGAGGAAGGAUCGGGUAAUUUGGUCGACCAUUCUGAUCUGUCAACCACGGACUUCCCCAGUUCGGUUCCCAUACCGGCUGAGUUGCAUCUGAAGAACGAACUCAGUUUGCACGAGGAAAUUCGCGAAUGGGUGCUUGCCGUAAGUAUGGAUCAGAAGGUUGAUCAGAUAUUGCCAACCGAUGAUCGCAAUAUGUACGAGUCUAGCUUGGGUAUUUCCGAUCAGGCUUGUCUGGUGAGUGGCUAUCCGGUAAUGGGACGACAACCGGUCGUGUUUCAGCGUACUCACCGGCUUGCCAAUCGGGAUGCCUGGAGUAAGUUGACGGUGGCAGCGAGAAUGGCUCCGCAGACGGACAUUCCAGGUGUGAUUGAGUUCAUUGAGAAAUGGUGUGGUCCGGCGAAUUUCUUAUCUGGUUAA